AUGCAACUUCAUACGCUUGUCCUGCCGCUGGUAGCUUCGUCGAAUACACAAAAUGUAAUACCCCCGUCCACCAGGUGGGCUGCCCAGCAGCUCUUCAUAUCACUUCACCAGUGCGCUCCAAAGAAUACAGGAAAUGAAGAAUGGGCCAAGGCUAUUCGUGCCACAAUUCUAUCUGCACAUCGAACUACGGACCACUUGUUCAGAUCUAUAGUAGAGCACUGGCAAUCAGUUGAUUCUACAUUGCCACAGGGAACUUGUAAUAGGCCUUCACACUCCGUUGUUGGUGACUUCGGAAUUGGCCCUCUUGAGCUCCCCAUCUGGUCCGGAAUACAACAAGGAACCGGGCGGUUAGUUGGCCUACUAGAGCUCUUGUCAAGUUUCCUCAAGUCAAGAUCGAACUCAACAGUUUCUAUACCCGUAGGCUCAAUUCUUGAUUUAACAUGCCGACUGGGGUCUAUCGCUCCUCCUUCAAUCUCAGGAGAGCAUGGUGCCUCCAUCAAUCCCGAGAUAAGUAGAGACGAACGAGAAGCAUUGCUGAGCGCAAUACCUCCCAUGCAUGCUGCCUCUUUGGGCGUACUACAGUCUCUCCUUGAAACUUUUGGCUCAGAGAAUCCCUCGAUUGCCCGAAGCUGUUUGGAACAAACUACCUGGAUGUUCACGUCUUCAAAUGCUGCCCGGUCUGUCCGAGAAGCGGCAUAUAAAUGCUUUGUCGCAUCUCUCACGAUUAUGGGCCCGUCACUGACCAAACCGGAUGUCCUGUCGCUAGUACCAGUCAUCCAGGCCGCAUGCAGUGAUAUAGUACCGCCUAAAGAUUCUGCUAUAGUCACUGGAAAUACGACCUCAGGUGCCAAGGGCACAUCAACUUCCACUGGAACCACCAAUGCAGAUGCAUUCUUACAGAAUAAGUCCAUAAUAAGCCCCGGAAGUUCCUACGAGACUGGUCCUCUCGCAGAUUCAGCUGUCAAAUUAUUACUAGCAACCAUCACAUACGUUCAAAUCGAACACAUUCCCUUGUCCCUUCGUGCGAAGAUUGAUCGCACAUCAAUCCUUGCUGGCAACAGUGAUCUUAUGUUGGCCUGUGUUCUUAACCCAAUACCUUCAACCGAGUCGCAGCGUGGACAUCCUAGCAUACUCCCAUUCCUGGCGAGAUGCCAGCCUAGUAACACUCAGGUUGAAGGGUUACUUCGGCCUCGUAUGCCUGUGAUAUUUACUGGGGCAGGCAGGAAAGGAAGAGUUGAAAUCGAAGAUUAUGAGAAUGGCGCCGAGAUAGAAACACACGGCGGCGAUUCACAAAACCCCGAUGUGCGGGAGUCCCUGGCUGAAAAGUUUGGGCCCCGUCCAGCCCCCGCUACCACUGAAUCUACAGCCCUACUGAGCGACGCUGGACGAAAUAAACGAAGGCACCAGGAUGACGUUGACAAUGCACUUCCGGCUGAUUCACCACAACCCGAUAAACGACCUCGGGUUCAAAAUGAUAUACCAACAUCCUCUAAUGCCUUACCGAGUGGGAAAGUGGCACAAGCCCUUGAUGUUCUGUCAAGCUCAUUAAGCGGUUCAAAUGAUCAGAAUACUUUGAAAAUGAACGUGUUUCCGGAGCCCGAAAUCAGUCAUCCUACCCAAGACAAAGCCCAAGAGCCUAGUCAACCGCCAAUGAUAACCAAAAGUCAUGAAACAGGUACUGCAGCUGAUGCGGAGAGCGAUGACGAGAUUCCUCGGUUGAACAUUGAAUCCGAUACUGACGAGGAGGGCGAAGAUUGA